AUGGUUUCCUCCGGAUCACUUGCGUCUCUGGCCCUGCCGGCACUUGCGUUUCUAUCGCUGUCAGCAAAUGCUUUGCCUCAUCAUCGGACAGCGUCAAGCACGGCUGCUCUCAAGCUCGCCGUUAGGAUAAACUCAUAUGGGAUCAAGAAUAUUGCGGCAGCAGAUCAAGCUCGAGUUCAAGCCCUACAAGCUGGCGACAGCUCUUCCAUCAGUGCAACCAAUGCUAUGACGACCUAUACCGCUAACAUUGGCGUGGGGAGUCCAGCAACGUACUACACACUCCUGAUAGACACUGGAAGCUCAAACACCUGGAUCGGGGCUAACAAGUCUUACGAGAAGACUUCCACGAGCGAGGACACAGGCAAUCAAUUCACACUGACGCUCAGCUCUGAUCUGGUAAUCGAAAAUCAGUCUAUUGGCGUCGCAUCUGAAUCGAACUUAUCGGUAACUGAUGUGGAUGGACUUCUUGGCCUUGGACCAGUGGAUUUAACGCAAGGCACUGUCAGUGAUGAAGAUGAAGUUGCGACUGUGACGCAAAACCUCUAUACGCAGGGAACAAUUAGUUCGGAAGUACUCGGAGUGUUCUUCGCACCUGCUUCCUCUGAUGAUACCAGUGGCGAGCUCACAUUUGGUGGUUAUGAUGCCUCCAAAAUUACUGGAGACGUCAGCUAUGUGCCGAUCACAUCAGCAUCUCCAGCGAGGACAUAUUGGGGCAUUGAUCAAUCCAUUAGCUAUGGGUCUACGAUCAUUUUGGAAGAGACUGCUGGUAUCGUCGAUACCGGAACCACACUGAUUCUCAUCGCCUCCGAUGCCUUCGACAGAUAUCAGUCUGCGACGGGGGGGACCCUCGAUGAGGAAACUGGCUUGUUAAAGAUCUCAUCUGACCAGUACGAACAGCUCUCAUCCUUGUAUUUCACUAUUGGUGGGGUUACUUAUGAGCUCACUCCGAAUGCGCAAAUCUGGCCUCGAUCGUUGAACAGCGCCAUUGGCGGUACCACCGAUGACAUAUACCUGAUCGUCAGUAGCACUGGAAGUUCCAGCGGUUCUGGUUUGGAUUUCAUGAAUGGUUACUGUUUCCUCGAGCGGUUUUACUCUGUGUACGACACCACAAACUCCCGAGUCGGGUUCGCCACCACUGAGUACACCUUUGCCACGACAAAUUAAAUCCCUCUUCUUGAGAGAUCGCGACUCUAUUCGUAUCAGCGUAUUUACAUGUGAAAGGUACUGAUAUCUGAGUGCUCGGAAGGAUCUACCCCACACGUCUAGCUGAGUGAUAGCUCGCCUUCCCUUCCUCAUAAUUUUAUUCUCCCCCACUGCACCAAACAACCUGACUGUUCGCUUUUCACAAUACUAUCGCUCGUUCACUCACUCGUUUUCUUUACAAUACUCUCGCUCACUUGCAC